CGUUCAGCUCUGUUUAGAGAGAGCAGCAGAUACUUGAACUUGAGUGUUGUGGAAGAAGCCGAGGCAAAACGUAUAGGGAACACUUGGUCGUUCAUAGGUACAUGGAGAUCUGGCAGAGGGCAGGGAACAAUUGUUCUCAGUUGAGUAAGACCAAAAGUAACGGCACUGAGGAGUCACUAGGGAAGUAAAGACCAAACUGGGAAAACUUAAGAAAUCAGUUAUUAAGGAAAUUGAGGAGACAGUGGUCAAAAAUAGUCCUGUCUCGGAGCAGGGUAUGUGCAACAGCCAUCAUUCUCUGGCUGGGAUCCCUUCUCUGCAUGUUUGGGAGAGGGGGAGAAGGGCCCCAAGGGAGGGAGUGCUAUCCCUUUGUUUCGGGUCUUUGCAGGCGGGUAAUCGUGGUUGAUGCGCUGCCUGUGCAGCAGUGACCGCAGAUGCCGUUUGCUUCUGGGUUUAUUGGAAAACACCCAACUGGACAACCCUGGAGAGCUCAGUCCCUGACCCACAAGCAGGGGAGAGCCCUGUUCGUCCCCUGCUCUGCCCUGGCAGUACAGCUCACCCCGCUCCGGCGGCGUGAGGGGACGUGAGCUCCCGGCGUAUUCAGCGUCCGACCUCUUCUGUGCGCUUGUCAGCAUGAGGGCUGGUUAUUGUUGGCUUUGGACACAUUGAGAGUUGCAAUGUCAUGUAGGUCUCUUAAAACACCUGGCAGAUAUUCACAGCUUGGAACCAUUGCCUGCCUAGACUGGGCUGAACUAAUAAUAUGUCUGCUUACCAAUUUUCUGGACCAGUUAGUUAUUGGAGGUGGAUGUUUAAGUGAAAUAAUUCAGUUUCUUUGGCAUUAAUCUAGCCUGCUACCCUGAGCCUGUAAUCAGAACCGUAAGAGCAGCUUGUUGUCCGUGCAGAGGGCAGCCACCCCGGCUACUGAGAGUUUGCUGAUGCGGAUCUGAUCGCAGGACUGGAGAAGAGAGAUAGCGGAGAGUCUGGGUGACCUGCGGCGACUCCAGUUUUCCCAAGCUCAUUGUGGUGAUGCUCCGAAUUUCCAUACGUUAUCGGGCUGCUGUGUACUGUGUGUGCACAGCAAGCUUCUUUCCUGAAGGAAAUCCAGUUGCUUAAAUUUCCAGGCAGCAAUCCCGACUCUGUAUUGCUCACAAAAAUGCCUUUUUUUAAGACUGGAGCUUUACCGAGUACACCUGGUGAUUCGUUUAUUUACACUGUAUUAAAAUGAACUGAAAUAGGUUUUUCCCUCACACACAAAUGAAGUGAAACGGAACACCGAAUCGUUACCUCAUUCAUGCUGAGGCGCUCGGAGCUUCACAGGUAGAAUAUAGCAGAACGUUACAAAAAGAUGAGCAUAAUUUAUAUGAUAUAAAGUAUAGAGAGAUAUAUUUUUUAAAGUCCUUUCCUUUAUUGAAUACUUUAUCGAAACCAAUGUGUUUCUAGUCCUGUUCCCUCUCACCACCGCUGCUGCCUGCAGCAUCUCAGCCUUUCCUUCCCUUCAGACAGAACUAUCCAGGCGAGCUUCCCUCCUUGGUCCUUGUCCAUCGUGAUGCGAUACCCGAGUUUCCAGCAAUGCCAACGUCCCCUGGCUCGUGAGUCGUGGACCUGGAGCAUUUUGGUCACUCUGUCAGCCCCCGAGCUCAGGGCCAGGUGAUGCCGCGGGUUCCUGCCGCACUGGUGGGCUGCAGCGGGGGUUUCUCCGGCUGCCCAUGGGGUGGGUACAGCAUUGGGCAGCUCCAGCCAUAGCAGGUCUGCUGUGGGCACUGUUCCCACCGUACAGGUGGCUUCUACAUCGCUCCCUGGCUCUGCUGGGCACCUGUGGUGUGUGGACCCUGCGGGAAAGGGGGGCUCUCUGUGGCACAGGGCUGCUCGCCCUCCCCAGAGGUGUUGCUUGUGUCUGGUGCUGGGAGCAGGCAGGGAUUCCUUUCCACGGUUUUGAAGCUCCUCUCACCUGGUUCAGUGGGGGCUCAGCCCCUCGUAACUCCCCUCCCCAUCAGCGUAGGGAUGUGACCCACCCACCAUUCUGCCUUUAAGUGAUAGAGGAGGACUUGGGCCAAGCGGUGACGGAGCUGAAAUUACCAGACCUGCAUGAAGAAUGUCUCAUUCUGAAGGGCUGGUAAUUCUGCAGCAUCCCACGUGGAGACUGGAAAAUCUGUAUGGAGCAUUCAGCUAGUUUUGCCAAUUUUUGUUACUUUCAAUGAAAACGCAACUUUUUUAAAAAGAGCCUUUUCUUAAAAUCCCCUUGAUCUGCUGCGUAGUGCCUGAGCCUGGCUGUUUAACAUCAGUAUGCCCAGGACUGGUCUGCAGUGACUUGCAAUUCAGGUUGGUAACAGCAAUGUCACAAACAGAAGGCAAAAAUUGGCUUAAUUGCCAAUUCUUCUGCAGUUUCAGUACUAACAGCCGCAGUUCAAGUGAGUAUAAACUGAUCUUGUCGCGUUAAACCCCCUGUGUUAAACCAUUGCUUUCUCUUUUGCCGUUAACUUUGCAAAAUAGUAACUUUUUACUUCACUGGUUUUUAUUUUCUCUGCAUUUGAAUGGCUGCUAACAUCUUCGAUUAUCUCUAAAAAGCAUUCACUGAAGAACAGCAGUACCUCUGCGCUCUCAGAGUUCACUGUUGCGUGCGUUUCUGUAUAUCUUUUGGGGUUUUUUAAGCUAACGGUGCAAUGUAUUUAUUUCAGUUCAGGUUGUGUUUAGAACUGGCUAAUCUCUCCCUCUGAUGGAUUAUUAAACUGCUGCUUUCCUGUUGUGUUGAAGUUCUCUGUCCUCGUCCUUUUCCCUUGCCUGGGUAACAAGGCAGCUUUCUGUCGAGGAAUUGUAGAGGAAUGAAGGCAGGUUAAUUAACGUUGAUAAUAUACGGCGGUGGGCUGGCUGAUGGGGAUAAUGUGCAGCUGUGGCUCGUUCCUGCUGAGUAGUUAAAUAGCUCUGAGGGAGGUGGAACAGGAGUGCUGGAUGAAGAGAGACCUAGAGGGAGCAGAGAGAGCGCCCUGGAUGUAGGAGAGACAAGGAGAGGCCCCAGGAGAAGCUGGGAGAAGAAGGGGGCUGGGAUGAGGAGGGGCUGGCUGGAAGAGGAGCCUGAAGGAAGAAUCCGGACAGUAGAUGAACUUUUGAAACCUUGUGAGGGUAAAAGCCUUGUUGCAGCUGGCUGGUUUUGAUAUUGCAGCGACAGCGUUCCAGCCUGCCCUGUGCUUGCCUCGACCCUUGUAAAUUGUGCCAAAGAGGUUGUUCCAGGGUACUGCACAUCAGGCCUUGUAUAUCGACCUCCUGUCUCGAACGGGCAUGAGUUGCUGAGCUAUUUCUACUGAUGCCUUAAAACUGAAGUAUUCUCAAGUAAGAAGUACUUAGAACCAAUUCGUGUUCACGGUUGAUCCUGAAAUAGCUCUCCAGGUUCCCACCUGAGUGGGAGAAUAGUGGUACUGUAGCAGCUCUAGCUUUGGUGCUUGAGCAUAAAACAUCCUGAGCCCUGACCCCGCUGCUCAUCAUGCUGGAAGGGGCCACGUGCUGGUGCGAGAGGUGGCUGUUUUGGGGCGGUUCGUGCAGGGGCAGCGUUGAUGCUGUCGGGCCAGGUAGGGAGCCAGUGGUCUGCCCUGCACAGACCCUGCCACCAUGGGCGAGCAGGUCUCUGGGCCAGUCCCCCAGCUCCCAGCGCCCCACACCAGCCCCUGCCCUGCUGGAGCCUCUGGAGCUUCUUCCCAGUGCUGGUUUUGAGCAGCCCAGGCUUUAUUGUCUUCAUUUCCAGCCAGGCUUAAUUUAGAUCUUAUCUUACUCAUUUAAACACUACUAUGGGUGUUUGAGGAUGGUACUAAGUGAACAAUAUAAUCACAAGUAGUAUAAACAAAUCAGCUCUUGGAUGGGAUCUGGUGUUUGAUGGACGGUAUCCUGUAAUGAGCUGGAGACAUAAGCCACCUAUUACACAAUAUGUUGCCUUUUGUAUUUAUUUCCUCUGUACUCGGGCUUUUUUUUUUUUUUUUUCCAUUUUCAGUUGGGAAAGAAUCCUCAGCUUGUCUCACUUUGCAUCACUGGAGGACAAAGGGAAGGUAUUUUGUUGUUGGCCAUCCUCUCCUUGGCACCGUGGGCAGCUGCAGGGGGGCUGCUGCUGGGCGAGGGCAGAGCUGGGACCUUCCCCAGGGUGAGAUUCCCAUGUUUUGCACCAGGCAGAAAACCUUAAUGUUGUUCCAGUCAUCCUCAUCACCUCCUCCAGCCCUGUCACAUCAGAUGUCAGGCGUUGGCCAGUGCAGGUGAUGACAGCCCAGGGUUACACCCCAGCCCAGGCGGCGGCAGCGCAGGCAGCAUCCUGUGCAGGGGGCCAGGGCUCAUCUCUCUGUGCUUUGUCUCUGUUUUGCUUCCUGAGAGACGCCUCUGGACUGAGCAUUACCCGGCAAGAGCCCCCUACUCCUGCUCCUCAGGAGGAAGCAUGAUCAGCUUCCAGGAAAAAACAUUCAAGCUUCUGAUUCUUGAAAGCCGUCGUUCCCUUUGCUCUGACCCAAAAGGUUUCCUGUUGGGUGGAAAACUGUACCGGUGCCUGAGCUGGCUCUUUCCACUCUGUGUCUGCAAACUGUUGGUCUCUCUUUGCCGUGUUCGGGGCAGGGGGAGCUGCCCGUGCGUGUCUCCAGGAUGGAGGGGGGGGGUCCCCCAAGUCUGUUAAAGGAGAGACCCCAAGCAGGUGGUGGAGGGGGAGCUGGGGGCCAAACAUGUGAGAGCCACCUUGGGGACCCACCAUCACAGUGCUCUGAGCUUGGAUGAGUUCCCUGACCUCUCCCUGGCUUGAUAACCGUGUCGGUAGAGCUGGUCCUCAUGGAGUUGGGGGUUUAUCAGGUUCCCGGAGCUCUGAUUUCCUUUGUGAUCCGUGAUGCCCGUCUGAUGGCACGGCAGGGGCCAGGGCAGCCCCCAGGUGCUCACGGAAUCAAGUGCUCUGCAAGCCCCAAACCGGAGGAAGUGCGUCACAAGGUGCUGGACCUCCUGGUAGCUAUUCAUCUCCUGUUGUCGGGUCCGGGAAAGCUGCUUUGAAAAAGGUCUGCUCCGUAAGUGCUCAGCUCUGGUUCAGAUGCUGAUUUAUGGGUGGAUUUUUUUUCUUUUCUCACCUGAAGUGUAAUAUUGAGUGGCACCUGGGGGCUUGGGGCACGAUGCUGAGGGCUCACAGAGAGCUGCCUCUCGUGAGAACAUUGGAGUCGGUUCCCGAUGGUCGUAGCCGCUCUGCCCCCGGCUCGAAGGGGGAGGCUGCCGCAGCUCCGCAGGCCCCAGCACUAGGAGAUGUGGCGGCUGGUGUGGCUGGCAGACCCCCAAAGCCAGGAUCGAUCCUCCCAGGACCUGUCAGCAUUGAUCCAUCAUUGCAGGAGCCCCCCAUGGAAAGCUGCACCAGAUCCUGGCAAAGGGUGGCUUCCAGGGCUUGGAUAAUUCAUCUUUUUUAACUGUGUUUUGCCCCUCCUGCCCCAAAGUCCUGCAGCAGUGAGCCUGGAUGGUAUUUCCCUACUUUAACCCCUUGGUGCCAUUACACAGCACUCCUUCCCCUAAUGAGGUAACUCAUUGCUUGGUGCUUAGCGAUCUGCAAACUGCCAUGGGCGUGCAGCCUGUGCAGCCCCCGGGGGCCUUCGCUCGCCCAUCGCCCACCAAGGGACCAGGGACUGGCAAGGCGGCGGUGAGCAUCAAGCAGGUGCCGUGGAUCUGGGCUGCGGGAGCGGAAGGUGAAAUCCUGGCACUGUGUCCAUGUCCUCAGGCAUCCUGAGCUCGCUGCUGGGAAGAGCUCGGCCGAUGCAACUCAUCCCUGGGCCAGGGGCUCCAGCAGCUGCUGGGAACUCCGGGAAGCGGCUCUGUUAACACAGGAUGGAAGGAACAAAAACCCCAGAACCAUUAAUCACCUGCCUUCAGCUGAAUGUGCAUAUUUGAUGGUGGCUGUUUACAGAGCACUUCCCUUGCCUGGAGGCCCCCCAGACUGUCAGAGGAUUAAUUAUUUUGCCUCCCGAAAGGAUGCUUGACACGCCAAGUGCCUGGAGAUGCCUCUCUGGAGAGUUCCUGGAUGGGAAAUGGCCUGGACCAGCACUGACUUCCCACCUUCUGUGACAGGAGGGGCAGGACCCCUCCCUUGGUCCCUCAGCACCUUCCCCAGCCUUGGCCGCAGCCCGGCAGCUGGGAUGGGGUAGAACUGGGCCCGUCUCUUCCCGGGGAGCUGGGUAGGAGCAAGGAAGUGAUGCCAGACCUGCUGUAAAGCAGAGGACGGGUGCUGAGGCUGUGCCAGGGCCUUGGGGCUAGAUAACGUGGGGUAAUCAACAUCUCCGCAUGGUAACUUUCUCCAUCUGCACCAUAAAACCGACCCUCCCAGGAACACUUACUUUCAUCCUUGAAAACGCCCUGUCCUGGGAAUAAAUAAUGCUUGCAGCACCGGAGCCUGGGCUGGAUGCCUCCUCCCUCUGCCCUGGGAUGUGCCUCUCCAAAGCCCAUGUCCUGGGGCAGGCUGCGAUGGGGGCUGCCAGCUCCUGAGGCCACGUUCCCACAGGGAUUCCGGUGGGAUGUACCCUGGGCAGCUGCUGCAGCCGUGGGCUCCCCUCCCUCUGCCCCACGUGCCAGCCGCAGCUGGCCAUGCUCACUGGUGGUGCCAAACACUUUUGGGGCAGGGGGUCUGAGAAAAAUGUCCCCAGCCAGCCCCAUGAUGGGUCCUAUCAGCUGUUGGUGCUGGGGGCGUGAAAAGGGCUGGUUUGCCAGGGGCUCGGUGAGGGAACGGUGGAGCCCAGUGAGACCCCGGGAAGGAACUGGAUCUCGGCUGCAUCUUGGGGUGCAGGUGCCUGUGCAGGGCUGCCCGGCGGUGGUGAUGGGGGUCCCCGCAGCCCCACAGGGACCCUUCGGGCCAAGGGCUCUCCUGGGUUUGGGGCUGCUGGCACAGCCCUUGGCUGCAGAGCUGGGUGUUGUGCAAGAAAGAGCCGACCUUGGAAGAAAACUGGAAACCUCCCUCUGGAAAUACCCCUCGGGCUGGAAAGUCGUGAAGGCCCCAGGGCUGGUGCUGUGGGGGCGGUUCCUACAGAGCUUAAGAAGGGCUGAGGAUGAGGCGGGCGGCCAGAAGGAGACAGCCCUGGACAGCGGCGUUUGCUCCCUGCAGGAGGGAAGGAAGGAAAACCAGCCCUUGCUGCCUCCCUGCCCUGCCACCGCCUCUGCGAGUGAUGGAGCCGGCUCCGCUCCUCCUCAUCUUCGGCUUGCUGCGGGGCUGCAGCGGGCGACCUGCUGACAAGCUGGUGGUGAUGCCGCGGGAGCCGGUGGUGCAGUACGGGGGCUCGGCACAGCUGAACUGCUCCCUGGCCUGCGCGGGGGGCACGGUGCAGUGGAAGGGGCUGGACACCAACCUGGGGAGCAUCACCUCCUUCCCCAGCCACAGCAUCCUCCACAUCGACAGCGCCGAGGUUGCCGUGGAGGGCACCAAGAUCUGCCAGGGGACCUGCCACGGGCAGUACUACCAGCACACUGUCAACCUGAAGGUCUAUGCCCUGCCAGACUCGCUGCAGCUGGAGGCAGACCCCUGUGCCCUGGAGCCGGGGCAGCCAGCCAGCCUGCGCUGCUCGGCCCGGCAGGUGUACCCGUUCCAGGGGCUGGUCCUCACCUGGUACCGGGGGGACCAGGCACUGGGGGAGGCAAAUCUGGAUGUUACGGAGACUGACGAGGGGCUGUUUGACAUCGUGUCCACACUGCCAGUGGCCGGGAAGGAUGUGGGAGAAGGGGUGGAGUUCAGGUGCGAGGUGACGCUCAGCAUCCAGCAGGAGACCUUCACCCGGGCGGCAUCCCUGGUGGCAAGUGCUGGGGCUGUGACGGAGCAGCCAGUGGCCGUGGCCACCUCCACAGGGAGCCCCCAGAGAAUGACAGCUAUGACGGGGACCCCCAGCGCAGCCGGGCCCAUGACCACCGCAGCGCUGCCCCUAGGGCUGAGUGUCCCCACGCACGAUCCCCCCGCAGCCCUGACCAGCACACCGCGGGAGCCUGACACUGAGACCAUUCUGGAGCCGACUGCUGCCACAGACCCCCCCUCCGCAGAGGACACUGCUCCCCAGGACCUCAUCACAGGCAGUCCCACCGCACGUCUGGCCACCACCCCCCCCCCUGGCUCCGGCACCAUGACCCCCCCGGCUGAGGCACAGGGGACAGCUGCGGACAGUGUUGGCCAGGGCUCCCCCCUGGCAGAGAAGGGGACAGGGCCAUCCAUGGGGACAGCGCCCACUUGCAGCCUGCGGAUCUGGUCACUGCCACCCAACGGGACACGGGGCAAGGCCCUGCGCAUCGAGUGCUGCGCCCAGUGCGCUGAGAAUGCCACUGUCCGCUGGCUGCAGACCCCCGUGGCCCUCUCCCAGUACCGGGAGGAGGCGGCGGGCAGCAGCUCCACGCUGCGGCUGGACCACGCUGAGCUCCAGCACCAGGGCCACUAUCAGUGCAUCCUGCUCGGCCGCCCCUCCCAGGUGGUCAGUCUGCAGGUGAUGGUCUUGGACGAUGUUUUCAGUGUGGGCCCUGCCGCUGCCAUGGGGACAACAGUCUCACUGUUGGGACUGAUUGUGACCGGCAUCGUGUCUCAUCGCCUGUGGAAGCACUUCAGGUCUCAGUACGAGCUGCCCUAGGAGCAGGAGCUGCCUACAGAUGUCCACAGCCCUCCGGACCUGUCCCUGCUGUCACCCUUCCUGCUGCUGGCCUCACCCAGCCUCCAGGACGACAAGGAACUGGUGGGGCCCGGUUGUCCCCCUCACAGCAAGAACCAGCAGAACUGGUGGGGUGCGGGUGCUGCUGUGAGACCCUAGAGAACAGCCCUCGCCCCAGGACAGGCACUCUGGGACUCGGAGACCUCUGAGCUGCUGCUGCUUUUGAAAGUUUGAAAGUUUCAGCUGUGCCUGAGGCUGCUGCUGCCCCGGACACCGAGGGGCUUGUGAAGGGGAAGGCUGCGCUGCCCUGGGGGCCUCGGGCAAACUGUUUGGCUCUUGGGUGCAUAGCCUGCUGCUCAGAGGAGCUCCCGCGUAUGUCCUGCCGAUGAGGAGAGCCUUGGGGCUGCCUGCAGGACACCACAAGAGGAGAAGGAUGGAAGGGAGAUCAGCAGAGAUGUCUGGAAUGAUGGGGAGGACGGGGAUGCUCCCAGGGCUGGAUCAUGUUGGGCUGGUGCUGAGCACUGGGGAGGCUCCUGGCACCCACACGGGUGGGUGGGAGAAUGACAACUGAUCGUGCCAUGGCAGAGGGGUCAGACACAGCCCUGCGGGGGUGUACAUCCCCCAGGUUGUGGGCGAAGGAGGGUGUGCUUUGGCAGAUGGGAUGAGGUACUCCAAUAAGGCAUCAUUUCUCUUUUAACCCUGAGCAAGUGUCCUUU